UUCGUUUUCAUGAACGAUAUUUAUAGUGACCUGAUCAAUACACACACCUUGGGAACAGCAUUCAUGUCUGUGCUAUUUCGCAGAAAAUGUACAACAGCGGUUUCCCUCACUUAUCUAACUUACUAUUGCGCUUAUUGCUUCUGCACUUGAUGCCCAUUGCUAGCUGAUGACUGCCAUGGUCGACAGUUCAUCAGUAACUAGUGAUUGGGCAUUAUUGCCAUGCUACAAGACACAGAGUCUCUAUAUUGUGUGACCUAUGCCUCGAUGCUGUGAGCCGCUACUCUGGGGUUCUUGCCCAGGUCAACGCCUGUUGCCCUUCCAGCCAGGUGGGUCAGUCCCAAUGUUUGUGUAAAUAGGUGGCUACAGUGCUGCAAGUCUAAUACUCUUUGACUAUAAAUAUAACACUAUGGCAGUUUAAGGAGACAUAAUAGAGUUACCCGCACCAAGAGGGGCGUUCACUGCAAGCAUACCUCAUGGUGUUUCUCAAUAGUUCUUGGCCUCUACCAGCUAGUUUACUCCACCUCGUCGACGUUAUUGAGGAACACUACCGCCGAAUAAUCGGCCAAAGUUUAUCUGGCUGUAAGUCAAGUUUCCAAGCAGAAAUCUCUGACGGUCUUGCGAUACAAUAUCAGCUACGCCGCUUUCUCUUGGUCACUUUAACUGGGAUCCCACGGAGUUUCCUGGAUUACAUUCGAAAGCUUCAAUGUAUGGAAAUGGAAUAACACUUUAGUCAGUGUUUCUCCAUGAACGAUGUGCCUUGGAUACGAUGCGAUGCUCGCUUGUUGAUUUCAAUUCCAAGUAAGCACAAAGCUCGUGAUGCACGUUGUUAUGCACUCAGAUGGGGAAAGCUUCUGGCUGGCCGGGGCUCUAGUGGACAUGUUGACACUCCCAUUGAGUCUCGUCAUUCGGCGAACCGCGGUAGCAAAGACGAUAUUACCCGCCACGUAUCCCACUCCAAGACGUAUCUCGGACUCAGGCUACGUCGAAAUAACAAGAAAGAAACGGAAGCAGCCACAUCUUCUGGUGGGUUUAUAGCCACUGGAGCACAGACGCUGGGGGACGAGCUCCCGGCGUGGGCGGCGUCCCUGAUGGUGUGGCUCAACUCGAUUACUCACCAAACACACCGACAGGCGGACGCUGUGUCUCUGGGCAAUCUCCGAGCAUUAUGGGCAAGGCGUCCGAGGGUACCGGCGAGCUUUUUGUAAUCUUCACGUGCGGUGCGGCUGAAUGCGCUUGGGGUUCCCAGAAAGAAAGGCAUGUAUAACAUUGAGUGUCGAGCGGAUUGCUUGUCUCGUUCCGGCCGAUAGAGGAUGAGAAAGUAG